GGAGAACUAGAUCCUCUGAGUCGUCGUGUUUUGGUUGCUUCUAACGAAGAAUUUGCAAAGAAGAUCAUUCCACAUCUCAAACAGCAUUAUCCAGAACGUGAUUGA